AUGGUUCGCAUUACCUCUGGUAUUACGGUCGUCCUCUCCCUGCACACCAUCGCAGUAGCAGCUCAAGGAAACUCAGCUUGUGCCAAAUGGUGUGCUGCCGGAUUUACGGACCCUGGAGCUGAUUGCACGUCGCUGGCUGCCAAAGGAGGUGGCCCUUGUUACCAAUGCGGCCCAAGCAGGCCUAACCCUGCGGAUGGCAUGGCUCUGUGUGCGCAGAAAUGCGUGGAUACGCAGACUGAUGUCCAGAAUUGUGGUGCUUGCGGUAAGGUUUGUGCAGGCCUCUGCAUCAAGGGGGUGUGCGCCAAAAAUCAGUGCGAAACGCCUUCAAUGAGCUGUCUCGGCCCAUACAAGUUUUGCUCAAACGGACUCAUUUGUGCUCAACGUGUGAAUGGGCAGCGAAUCUGCGUGUCGGGCGGGGAUUACGUGGCUUGUGUAAAAGACUCGGACUGCAAUCCUGGUCUGGUCUGUUUGUCGGAGCCGAACCAGGACUGCAGGACUACUUCCUUGAAGCCAGGAACAUGUGGAUACUACAGCGGCAAUCCUCCAAUUUCAGCCAAGAAGCGCAGAGAUGCUGAAGCACCAGCAUACUGGGGCUUACGCUCGUUCUGA